GCGCCAGUCGACAGGCACUCGGCAUGCAUUACACAUGAGCCGGCUGCGCGCCGUCCGUUCGGUCUUUUACAAUUUAGAUCAGUGUAGAGUGUUAUGGCUACGACGACUUACAUGCCAGCUAGUACUGCCGUGUCUUCGGAGUUAGACGGUUCCGGUGUCGGAGUGAUGAAUAUAGUGAACGCGAGUAUCGGUGGCGGAGGGUACCACACCAGUCCGUCGCCGAGGUCGGCAACCGAGGGUGAGAUGAAGUACAUGCCGCCGUCACAGCACCAUCACCACCACCACCACCACCAUCAGCUGCCGUCAUCACCUUCGCCUAAUGGACACACAGUGAGUCUAUCAGCGGGGGUAGCACACAAUCCCUGGGUGUCGCUACAACCCGGAGCCACCGCGGACCCGUGGGCGGCCUCCAUGGGCAUCCACAACCAUCAUCCGCACCACCACCACCCUCACCAGACCGCCACGGUGGACAUCAAACCCCCGGACAUGCACAGAGGACACCAGCAAGGUAUGGCGUCGCCCCACACUUGGCACGCUCCCGUCGUGUCCAGCUACAACAACGGCGCCGGGUCACCUCUACAGCAUCACGCUCACAGCGCCUACCAUGCAGCCAUGAACGGUAUGUUGGCACACCACCACCAGGCCAGCCCGGCACAGCUGCAUCACACACUCAGGGACAUGCAGAACCACAGCCCUUCAUACCCGCCCGGCCAGCACCCAGACGCGCCUUCGGGAGGCGAAGAGGACGCCCCGACCUCCGACGACUUGGAAGCCUUCGCCAAACAGUUCAAGCAGAGAAGAAUAAAGUUGGGGUUUACGCAAGCGGAUGUGGGUCUCGCACUGGGUACUUUAUACGGAAACGUGUUCUCACAAACAACGAUAUGCAGAUUCGAAGCGUUGCAGUUAUCGUUCAAAAAUAUGUGUAAACUGAAACCCCUGCUCCAGAAGUGGCUUGAAGAAGCGGACUCUACGACGGGAUCCCCUACGAGCAUCGACAAAAUAGCUGCCCAGGGGAGGAAGAGGAAAAAGAGAACGAGCAUAGAAGUGUCGGUGAAAGGUGCCCUAGAACAACACUUCCACAAGCAGCCUAAACCCUCAGCGCAAGAGAUAACCUCCCUCGCGGAUAGUCUACAGUUGGAGAAGGAAGUGGUCAGGGUAUGGUUCUGCAACAGAAGACAGAAGGAGAAGAGGAUGACGCCUCCCAACACGUUAGGACCUCAGGACGGGAUGUUGGACGGACAGAUGAACCCCGGCGCCCACGGACUGCACCAGUACCAUCAUCAGGACAUGCAUGGGUCACCCAUGGGUCCUCACUCGCACUCCCACAGCCCGCCCAUGCUGUCGCCCCAGACGAUGCCCACCCACCAAUCGCUUGCGGCUCACUAACGUUUAGCCCAGUGGGAUAUUGAAUACUCACGACAUAUCUCCAAGAUGCAACGAGAGUACGUGUAACCUGGAAGCCCAGUGUGCCCUCGCCGGACACCCCGACUGCUCAAACCCCGGAGUGUGGAGGGGGAGGACGCACGUGGGGAGUGAUUUGUGUGCAUAAUUAAUAAGAAUUCAUCGCAUAUGCGGCCGGACAAUGUUUUAAAGAUGCCGCGUGCCUUGUUUUCUUAUGCCUGGAGAUUAGAUCGUGAGGAUGGACAUUUUCAAUUCCUGCUGUGUCGCUACCGCACCCGCGGGUGCCUAUGGACAUUUAACAGAUGUAAAUAAAGUGUAUCGUAAAUAUUUGUGAAAACGGUGUAGAUUUGUUCGGGGGGAAUAAGAUCGUUUAUAUAUUCGAUGUGUAUUUUCUAAAGGGGACUGUCUGUGUUUAUAGACGCUGAAUAUAGAAACUGUAAAUAUUUCCGCUAAGUUCCGGUUACCCUAGGACAGACUAUAUCUCCGACAGUGGCCUAUAGUUAAUGUUUACCACCAUUGGACAUUCCAGUAAGUACAACGGACAUAAAUUAUUGCCUCUCGAAAUACUUAAAGAUUUUUCCCGAUUUUACGGCUUUGGUAUUUAUUGAUAACCCGAUCGAAACAUGAUUCCUCGACGGCGAAAUCAAAGCGAGUUUUGGACCGUAAACGUUAGUCGAGGUACAAAAAGGGGCCAGACACGAUAAGAAUCUCGGCCAGCCGAGGCCAGGUAUCGGAGGGUGUGGGUCCACAAAGGCACAUCGCCCUGUCCGACCUUCUACAAAGGGCCGACUAACAAUGACUCCCUUUGGAAGUGUCAAAACGAGAAUUUUAUGGCACAGACCCUAGCCAGCACACCUGAGUUCCUCGCUCGGAAUUCCCUGAGUAUAAAUCUUGACUUCGUCCAGGCCCGAAUCCGAAAAACCUUCUAAAUUCGAAAGAUAAAUUACACCCAGAAACUGUUGCCGGAAUAACAACGUCAUCAGCUUCUCACGGACCAUCGAAAUCGAGUACAAGUGUUUAUAAGCCCCCCAGAACAGUGACAGUGUUUUAAAUAAAAUUAUUUUUGUGAAACAUCAAAGUGCCCAAGAUUGAACCCUGCAGGACGCCGUGUUUUCAUCGUGUGCAGCAUCGUUCUCAAGGUAGGAGACUUCCAUUUCUCCUAACAUAAGAUACUCCAAUCCAGUGUAGUGGCCAGUGUUGAGGUUAGGUCUGUCCUUAGGAGACCUAAGUCAUACCAAAAUAGAUUGUGAUCUUGUGCAUUCAGUGAUUUUGAAGUAUAUAUGCACAAACCUUUUAAAUCCAUCGUUUCAUUUUGAAUGUUUUUUCAAUUCAUUUUCGUUACGAGUCAAUGUUUCAAUAAGUAUGUGUUCAUUCUGCAAAUGAACUUCUAAAUUAAAAUGUACAUUUCAUCAAGCAAUAUUCAGAUCAAAAUAAACUGCCCAUACACGUAGAUGUUUAUUUGAUUUAAUUUAGAUUAAAUCGCGUUCAAUCUCUUUGUUUAUUCAUAUAAAAUAUAGUCCUACAGGCCUAUCAAAAUAUUUAACAUUUUCAAAUUUAGAAUUUUAUUUGCAGUUAAUAUUUGAUUGUAAUUCAAUUUUUAAUGUACUAUAACGCAUAACAGGGUAAUUUAUAUUGUAUUCAGAUCCUAAUGGUUUAAAUAUGGUCUUGGUCAGUUUAGAGUGUUCAAACGCAUUAAUUUUAUGAAAAUAUUGUUUUAAGAUCAAAAAUAGUAAAUAUUACCUAUUAGUAUUUGUUAUUUAAAAAUAGAUAAAUUGUUUGUUUUGUUGUUUCGAUAUGAUUUAAGGAUAGUAAAAUAAGAUAUGUUUUAAAACGCCACAAUACACUUAAUUUGUAAUGAUUAAAAAUUUGCAAAAUAUGCAACUUAUUAGGCUAGUUAACAUUAUUUUAGACGUUUGACUUAAAUAUAAAAAAAUGGCAUUUGGUCAAAAGUUUUUUUGUCAAUAAAACACCGUUUAUAACACAAUUACCUAAGUUACAAGUGGGACGUGUAUUAAGGAUUUUUUUUUUUAAUUAAAUCUUUUGUAGAUCUAUGCCAAAUAUUUUUGAAUAACAUAAGCGUACACAAAAUGUAAGUUUUAAACAAUUUGCUUAUACUUAAGCACAAACAUAAAUUUUUUAUAUUUUCCGUAACUAUUAAACCGUCAUAGCAGUUCAAAUUAUAAUCAUUAGCCUAGUUGAUUAAAGAUCUUAGAGUAAAAUCUACUAAACGUAAAAACUACUGUCACAGGCUACUUGCUUUUACAGAUCUUCAAACGUUGUGGAAAAAUAUUUGAUUCAACGUUAACGUCUAAAUUAUACGUCUUUUUUGCAGUAUAUGUUCUUAUAAAACACACUGAAAAUUUAAUUAACUGAAACAAGCUCGGUUAGGCAAAAGUAGACUUAAAUAAAUCGAGUAUACAGCAUUAGAAUGAUUAUUAUAGGGCAUUAUUUAAUUUGGUAUAAAACAGUGUGUAGCAAGAGUUGUGAUGUUUUAGUCAUUUAGAUUAGCUUUUCAAAUGUAUGUAUUAUUAACUUAUUCGUUAAGGUUUUGUUGUUUUAUUUGUGAUUAUAACUCAAUAUCACUAAACCCUACAGGACUGACUUUACUUCAUAUUGUAUAUAAUACAGUAUAUAAAUGCAAUCAUCAACUGAAUUGUAAAUAUAGUAUAGUGCGAAGCCCCUGUGUACAGUAGUUUCUUAAUAUCGAUUAUUGUAUUUUUGUUUUCCUUUUCCCUAUUUGGGGGCUUCGUUUGUGUAACAAAAGAAUCUAGUUGAUGAGGGAUUUAUUAAGAAAUAAAUAUUGUGUUUUUGUCAUAAUA